ACACUUUUGGUGAGCAAAUCCAGUCCUUUAAAAGGGCAGUCUGUAGCGGUCCCUGUUGCUCAGAUAAGCGUGUGAGACCCAGCGCAGCAGGUGAAGCUCGUGGCAGCUCCGACUUGUACUUCCUCACACUGAUGGCUGGGGAGCAGGCACCGAUGUGUGACGUGGAGCUAGGAAGUAGCAAGACGAAGGAGCCCAGCAUGGGUGGGAGGUGCCGUGUGUCCUGGUAUGAGCGAUAUGUACAGCCAUGCGUGGUGGAGCUGCUGGGCUCUGCCCUCUUCAUCUUCAUCGGGUGUCUAUCGGUCAUCGAGAACAGUCCAGACACUGGGCUGCUGCAGCCUGCCCUGGCUCACGGGCUGGCCUUGGGGCUCAUCAUUGCUACUCUGGGGAACAUCAGUGGAGGACACUUUAACCCUGCUGUAUCAUUGUCGGCCACACUGAUUGGAGGCCUUAACGUGAUGAUGCUUUUGCCCUAUUGGAUCUCCCAAGUGUGCGGGGGUCUGAUUGGGGCUGCCUUAGCCAAGGCAGUGAGCCCAGAGGAGAGGUUCUGGAACGCAACUGGGGCAGCUUUUGCGACAGUCCAGGAGCAGGGGCAGGUGGCUGGGGCCCUGGGGGCAGAGAUCAUCCUGACGAUACUGCUGACGCUGGCUGUGUGCAUGGGUGCCAUCAAUGAGAAGACGCAGGGCCCUCUGGCUCCGUUCUCCAUUGGCUUCUCUGUCACUGUGGAUAUCUUGGCAGGGGGUGCAGUCUCUGGAGGCUGCAUGAACCCUGCUCGAGCCUUUGGACCUGCUGUGAUGGCUGGCUACUGGGACUUCCACUGGAUCUACUGGCUGGGUCCCCUCCUGGCUGGCCUCCUUGUAGGACUUCUUAUUAGGCUCUUCAUUGGAGAUGGGAAAACCCGCCUAAUCCUGAAGGCAAGGUGAUAGGUUCUGGUGGAGUCCGCAUGCCCAAAUGCCCUCAGCUGCCUGUUCUGGGCCAAGGACAGGUCAAUUUCAACAUUUCCUGCAGGACUGAGCCCAGAAGAGCCACUGUGGCUGCAACCGACCUGGGUCUGGCGUCUCAGGCAGAUAGGCUGCUGCUGUCCUGAGAAUGUUCCCUGUAUCUGGAAUUCCUUUCUGUUCACUGAGGCCUGGGCCUGGCCAAUGUGUGGCCAGCAAUACCCAAAGAAACGUAGAGACUGCAUAGAAAAAGUGCUUUUCUUGAGAGAGAAGAGCAGGUGGAGAAAGUGGUCUUUUUUUCUUUCUUUUUUCUAUGUUGGGAUUAGAACGUAAGGUCUUAUGAGUGCUAGGUGAGCACUUUACCAGAGCCCACCCGCAGCCCCAGAUCAUCCCAUCCUCUUUUUCUUUUUACUGUUCCUUCACUCCUCUGUUACAGAAGGGCCUUGUGGAGUCCAACCACUUCCUUGCUUCUCAGGCUGCCAGUCUGACUUUGCAAUAAAUGAUUUAGUGUUUCCUUU